AUGCAACCUGCUCCCCUGUUGGGGGCCGUGAGGUAUUCGCAAAUCUUGUUAUGGCCACUUAUACGGCUGCGCUUUUUGCUGCUCCUCCUCCUCGCGUGGCUGCUGGUGGUGGAGCCUCGCGCCUGCCUCGACGAAGAGACCAAGCUGGGCAAGUUGAAGAAACUCAUAAACAAAAAGAUAAAGCUAGAUAUUAAUGAAAAGUACCGAAGCCAAAAGAAAAGUACGAGUCCAUAUAUGUCCUUUGUAUAUAUUCAUGAGCUCACCGCCAGCGACCAUGUAGAGUACGUAUUAAAUAAAUCACAUGACUACGACUGCGUAUUGUUUGUGAUCGAUGUGGAGACUACCAAUGGGACGUCCAUGUUUGAUCGGAAGAGCCUCAUCCUGUUGGAACUGUUCAACCGAGUAGCACAGAAGUUCAUUUUGGGCAAUUUUUCUCUUUAUAGCGAGGGGGAGGGGAGCAGCGCGGCGAAUCUCACCCCUGUUACCCGCGCAAAUGGAGCAAACGAAAGGAUCACCCCGUCCUCAAGGCCAAUCUUUUUCUUUUAUAUAAAUGUACACAAACCUAACAUCCUCCCCCUCAAGUUCAUUCACGCAAUUGAAGAGGUACCCGAGUUUUACUACAUAGGUAAGGAGACCGUUCUCCACUUAGAUUACCACUCCAAGGUGCGUCCAAAUUACAUGUUAGAGAAUUACUUAAAGGUGAAGCGGUUAAGGGACAAAGACAAAACAGAAAUGAGUAACCAAGUGCUUGAGUCGUAUUUCCUGGACUUCAUUCACACACACAACAGGGGUGCAACUGACAGCCGCGGUGGAAGUGGCGAUCAGAGUGGCGGUGGCGACGGGGGGGCCACACUUGUGGAGGGUGAGUACUGGGAGAAAAUGCAACAUUCCGUCAUCACCAUCACCCUGGUGGUGUUGUUCCUCCUUCUGUACGCCCUUCUGCAGCUGCUCCACAGAUGGCCCUCCCUCACCUUUGUCUGCUCAUACGUCUUGUUCCUUAUCUGCUUGAGCGGCAUCUUCCACUGCCUCAUUAACAAAGCCGAGCUUUACAACACAGCGAAGAAUUUGGACUCGGUGCUGCACAAGUACAUCUACCGCUCCACCAGUGCUCAAUAUGUAUACGAAGGGGUGGCCUUUUCUUUCUUUAUUUUUUUAAUAACAUUUGCCUUGUUCAUCAUGUGUAAAUCCUCCGCCAACACGUUUAUACAAAAGGGCGGGAGGAACUUGUGGCUCAUACUGUUGCUCCUGCUCACAUAUGUCUCUCUCGACGUCAUCCACGAGAUCAACCUGUACAAGGUGUACUACUCCACUUACUUCUUCUUCCCGCCGACCAAAUUUUUUCGCAAAUGA